CCAGCUCUACCUCCUCAGGCGCUGUCCCUUUCCAGAAAGAAGAGAAAAUGACUGAGUCUCAGGAAACAGUGACAUUCAAAGAUGUGGCAAUUGACUUCACCCAGGAGGAGUGGAAGCAAUUGGAUCCUGCUCAGAGGAACCUGUAUCGGAACGUGAUGCUAGAAAACUAUAACAACCUUAUCACAGUGGGCUAUCCACUCACCAAACCUGAAGUGAUUUUCAAGUUGGAACAAGAAGAAGAACCAUGGGUGGUAGAGGAAGAAGUAUUGAGGAGACACUGUCCAGGAGAAAUAUGGGAAACUGAUGAACAUCAGGAAAACCAGGACAGAUUUUUGAGCUACAUUGAAGAUAAAUUCAAGAAACCACUGACUGAAGAUAAAGGCAAUGAAUGUCAUACGAAGUUUGCAAAUGUAUUUCCUUUGAACCCUGAUUUUGUUUCUUCCAGAUACAGUCUCUAUGAAUAUGACAUAUUUGAAAAGUGUUUAGAACAUAAUUUUGAUUAUCAUAAUAUGGAAUGCCUUAUAAGAAAGGAACAUUGUGAAUAUAAUGAACCUUUGCAAUUAUAUGUCAAUAACUCAUCCCAUUUUGUGGUAACCCCCUAUAAGUGUAAUCAUUGUGGAAAAGGUUUCAAUCAAACAUUGGACCUCAUCAGACACCUGCGAAUCCAUACUGGAGAGAAGCCCUAUGAAUGUAAUAACUGUAGAAAAGCCUUCAGUCACAAGGAAAAACUCAUUAAACAUUAUAAAAUUCACAGUAGGGAGCAGUCUUAUGAAUGUAAUGAAUGUGGGAAAGCUUUCAUUAAAAUGUCAAACCUCAUUAGACAUCAAAGAAUUCAUACUGGUGAGAAACCGUAUACAUGUAAGGAGUGUGCUAAAUCCUUCAGCCAGAAGUCAAAUCUCAUUGAUCAUGAAAAAAUUCAUACUGGAGAGAAACCUUAUGAUUGUUGUGAGUGUGGAAAAGCAUUCAGCCAGAAGCAAAGCCUCAUUGCACAUCAGAAAGUUCAUACUGGGGAGAAACCUUAUGCAUGUAAUGAAUGUGGUAAAGCCUUCCCUCGAAUCGCAUCCCUUGCUCUUCAUAUGAGAAGUCAUACAGGAGAAAAACCUUAUAAAUGUGAUAAAUGUGGAAAAGCCUUCUCUCAGUUUUCCAUGCUUAUUAUACACGUUAGAAUUCAUACAGGUGAGAAACCCUAUGAAUGUAAUGAGUGUGGGAAAGCCUUCUCUCAAAGUUCAGCUCUUACUGUGCAUAUGAGAAGUCACACUGGUGAAAAACCCUAUGAAUGUAAGGAAUGUAGAAAAGCCUUCAGCCACAAGAAAAAUUUCAUUACACACCAGAAAAUUCAUACUAGAGAGAAACCUUAUGAAUGUAAUGAAUGUGGGAAAGCUUUCAUUCAGAUGUCAAAUCUUGUUCGACACCAGAGAAUUCAUACUGGAGAAAAACCCUAUGUAUGUAAGGAAUGUGGGAAAGCCUUUAGCCAGAAAUCAAAUCUCAUUGCUCAUGAAAAAAUUCAUUCUGGAGAGAAACCCUUUGAAUGCAAUGAAUGUGGUAAAGCCUUCAGUCAAAAGCAAAACUUUAUUACACAUCAGAAAGUUCAUACUGGAGAGAAACCUUAUGAUUGUAAUGAAUGUGGGAAAGCCUUCUCACAAAUUGCAUCCCUUACCCUUCAUUUGAGAAGUCACACAGGGGAAAAGCCUUAUGAAUGUGAUAAAUGUGGGAAAGCAUUCUCCCAGUGUUCAUUGCUUAAUUUACAUAUGAGAAGUCAUACAGGUGAGAAGCCCUAUGUAUGUAAUGAAUGUGGAAAAGCUUUCUCUCAAAGAACUUCCCUUAUUGUGCACAUGAGAGGUCACACAGGUGAGAAACCCUAUGAAUGUAAUAAAUGUGGAAAAGCCUUUUCUCAAAGCUCAUCCCUUACUAUACAUAUACGUGGUCAUACAGGUGAGAAACCCUUUGACUGUAGUAAAUGUGGAAAAGCCUUCUCUCAAAUCUCAUCUCUUACUCUUCAUAUGAGAAAACAUACUGGUGAGAAGCCCUAUCACUGUAAUGAGUGUGGCAAGGCUUUCAGCCAAAAGUCACAUCUAGUUAGACACCAGAGAAUUCAUACUCAUUAGAAGCUCUAAGAAUAUUGUGAAUAUGGGAACGCUUUUGGAAGGAAUUAACACCUCCUUGCACAUUACACGAUUGGUUCUAGAACAGAAAACUAUGAAUGUGGGAAAACCUGAAGAAGUCACAAAUUUAUAAAACAUUAGAGAAUUCUUACCAAGGUAACAAAUUAUAUAUUAAAAGGCUGGUUAUCAAAAACCAUCAGCAGAUAUAUUACUUAUUCUCAUUAAAAUCUGAAACGAGAUAUUUUCUAUCAGUAUAUUAAUAUAAUACUUGAGUACCUAGCCAAUGUAUUAAGCAAGAAAAAUAAAAUUUGGGGAAAAAGAAGAACUAUAAAAAUAACCUUUUACACAAUAAAUAGUUAGAAAAUGUGUUGAUAGAAAUGUCUAAUAAUAAUUAUGAGACAUAUAUACACAUACACACACAAAUAUACAACAUACAUAUGUAUAACAUCUUGAAGGGCACAAAAGAACCCCCGAAAAGUGACAUUAUGACUGAAACAACUUGACAUUGUAAAAAUAAAUGUUUUAUUCCAAAGUACUAUAAAUAUGGCUACUCAAAGUUUACAUCAGUUGUCUUUUAAUAAGCUUCACAAAGUGAUUAAAAAUUGUAUAUGGAAAAUUAAAGGACCACAAAUAGCUAUAACAAAUUUGGCAGAGCAAACCAAAUAGAGAAGAUACACUCUACUAGAUAUAAAACAUACUUAUUCAAGUUUUUGCCAUGCCAACUGUGUUAUUCAGUGAAUAAAUUAGUCUGUGGAAAUAUAUUGAGGAUUUUCACAAAUAUACAAGAAGAUAUGGGAAUUUUGUGUAUGAUAGUGAUAUUGAAAUUAUUGGGGGAAUGAAUGGCUUAUUCAAGAAAUGGAAGAUUUGAGAAAAAAAUGUUAGCUUUCUACCUUACAUCAUAUACAAAAAUAAAAUUCAAAUAGACAAGUCCAGAAUAUAAAAAGCAAAAUUCUAAAACUAUGAUGAAAAUAAAAUAGAAUAUACUUAUUAUUUUAGAGUCACAGGAUUUCCUUAAAAACACAUAAAUGUGGAACAGUCAAUUCUGUUUUGGUAUAUUGGCCUCAAAGGCGCCCAUAUACAUGUGCAAAGAUAUAUAUAUAUCUCAUAUGUCAUGGUUUGUCUUGCCCUAAAUUGGUUAUAACAAAUUUUUAUCAACAGAGGGAUAGAUUUUUAAAAGAUUAUUUCUAUGAUAGAGUGCUAUAUACCAUUUAGAGAGAAGGUACAAAAUUUACAUAUAGUUACAUGGAUAGAUUACAAUAUAUAGUAUUGAGAGAAAAAGCAAAAUGCACGUAUAAUUUAGUAAGAUUAUGCAAAGAACAGUACUGUGUAUUGGUCAUGGAUCCAUGUAUGAUAUUGGUUGCCUUUUGGGAUGUGGGAAAGGUUUGGUGGGAGUUGUUAUAUUUAUCUGUAAUAUUUCUUCAAUAAAAAAUGAAAGAAAAUAUGA